GUAUGGUUCGUUUGUGUGUUAAAGGGAUCGAAUUUAUGGAAAUUAAAUAUUUUAUUACUUGAUGAAUGCGUGAAAAUAGUUGUUGUUAUUUACCUUGUAAAUAUAACUUCCAUUUAGUCAAAUUGGGCUCUGCUCAAGCAAGUUGAAAAGUACAAGUCUUAUGUACGCAAAAUUGGAUACCGGAAUAAAUUCUGACCUGCUUGGCACAAAAUUGAAUUUAAUUAGUACAUAACGCAAAAUGGCAUCGAUUGAAGAAAGUUGGAAGGAGGCUACAGAAGGAUUGAACAGCGACACGUGCGACACUUGGAUAAUCAAGUUGCAGGAUGUCUAUUCUGAAGAGAAACGAACCUACCACAAUCUUGAUUAUCUUCAAGACAAGUUACUCCACUACUACGAGAUUAAGGACAAUUUAACUAAUCCCAGGGCCGUACUCCUCGCACUGUUCUUUCAAAAUUUUGAGUAUGAUCCAAAGGCGUUGGAUUGCGAGGAAAAAAAUCUACAACACUUUAUUACCUUUGCAGAUGAGGCAGAAAUCCCUGCGGAUGGAGAAUUACGCAAUGAGGUUUGUGCUCUGCUGAAAGCAGCUGCUACUCAUAGUACAGACGCACACAAGGUUGGAGGUGCCUUUGGCGAAGAGGAUGCUCACUAUCUUCUUGACUUGGAUAUGGCCAUACUGGGUGCCGAACCUGAGAAGUAUACAGAAUAUACAGAACGUGUACGCGGUGAAUAUGGGUUCCUUAGUGCACCGAUGUAUACUGCGUUAAGACUUAAGGUGUUGCAAAAUUUUUUGCAAAUUCCAAACAUAUUUGCUACCAAGGAGUUUCGCGAAAAGUUCGAGGAACAAGCACGUAAAAAUAUCCAAGCUGAAGUUGCGCUGUUAUCUUAGGAAUUGAAGAUUUGAUGUCGUAUGGGCAUUUAUACCUAAAUGUUAACACCUUACAUUUACGUUCGUUUAUUCUUCUCCUUUUUCGCUUUUUUACUGUUGCUAACUAAACCGCUGUGAUUGAAAUGAUCGAGAUAUUAUGUAAAACAACAACGGAUACAUCACCUAUAACUGAUUGUGAAUGUGAGAAUAUAAAUAUUCGCUAUAAUUCAACAUGUAUUAUCAUUAACAUGACAAAAAGUUCUGAUUUACAAACAUUGUUGACAUAAUGUGGUACAACUAUAAAGAAAAUUUGCAGCCACAUUGACGGUCCCCAUUGCUGUCUUUUUUUAAAUAAUAUUUCAAAAAUCAGAGUUGCAUAUUUUUCAGUCUGAAUAAUGGACAGUAUAGCUGACUUUUUUUUAUGAUAUUAAAUUCAAAACACGAACAAGAAUUGACGUUGAUCUAUUAUAAUUCAUGAAGUAUGUACACAUGUCUUUAGCUUCGAUAUACUAGAUGCGAUAUUGACAGACAACGGAGUGAAAAUACUACGUGUAAUAAGAAGAGUAUCUUCAUUUUAAAGAUUUUAGCCAAUGAUGCGCACAUGUAGGGUCAUAUGAUGAAUCGAAUAGGAAUCAAAGACAUUGAUACAUGUUUCGUGAAUUAGUUAUUGUCUUGUAUGUAAUAAAUCGAUGAUUUGUGACAAAAUAAAAACGUAUAUGAUGUUGUA